UGCCUUUGUAUCUGAGAGUGUGCAGCUGCUUUUUUCAUAGAUUUAUUUUUCCAGGUAAGUGUACGACAUGUUUAUAAGACAGUAAUUUCUGAAAACAAAUUGAGAAUUAAACUUAAUGGUAGGAAUAUUCUAGUUCAAUUAUUUUUAUGUCUAACAUUUUUCUAUGUUAAACACUUCUCCUGUAGCCUUUAUUAAGAAAGAAUGUUUAUAAACAAAUGGUUUUAUUCCUGGAUUGAUGGAAAUCAUUUAUUUUUUGAAAAUAAAUGAAAUCAUUCAUUUGAAAUGAAAUCAUUCAUUUAUGAACAAUGAAAUCAUUCAUUGUUUCUUGACAGGAUGAAUAUGUCUCUCACUGAUAUCCUCUCUGCUGAAGCCAUUGAGAAUGCCAUUAAGGACUGUGAAGCCCCAGACUCCUUCAGUUACAAGAAAUUUUUCCAGCUGAUUGGCCUGACUAAGAAAAGUCCAGAGGAAGUCAGGGAAGUGUUCCGCCUCUUAGAUGACAACAACAGCGGGUUUAUUGAGGAGUCAGAGCUCAAGUUCUUCUUACGGCGGUUUGUCCCAGGGGCACGGACUCUGACCGAGAAUGAAACCAAAAACUUUAUGUCAGGUUCAGAUGGUAACAGCGAUGGAAAAAUUGGAGUAGAUGGUAAAUCCCAUCAAUAAUUAUGAUUUUCUUGGGUGUUGUUUCAAUAAUUCUAUCUCUGCUAUUGGCAUGGUAGAUUCUCACUGUUUAUAAGCGCCCAUAACAGUAGAACUCUGCAUUCAUCACAUGUAGGCUAAUAAGAGAACUGUGCUUGUGCAUCGCACUGCAGCUUAUUAAAGUCAGGAGAUGCGGUAGAAAUUAUGCAUGUUAUCUUGAAUGUUAC